UUGAUGGCGUCAUCACCUGUGCGCCGGAAGUCUGGAUGUGCUGAGUUGGUGGAGGGUUCUUCGCUGGCUUGCUGAGGAAGGCUCGUCAUGGCGCCAAAGGGAAAGGUGGGAACCAAAGGUAAAAAGCAGAUAUUUGAAGAAAACAAAGAUACCCUCAAGUUCUACCUGCGGAUCAUUCUAGGCGCAAAUGCGAUUUAUGGAAUUGUAAACCUUGCGGUUUUCUAUGUAUCAGCCACUUUCUGGACAUGGAUUGCAUUUGUGUUCAGCUUGAUUGUCUAUCUGGCCAGUUACCGCUCCAUGAGCUCCAUGGCGAAGGCUACUUUUGCGGAGGAUGGCAGUCUUGCCGACGGCGGCGUUGACCUGAAUAUGGAGCAGGGGAUGGCAGAGCAUCUGAAGGAUGUGAUCUUGCUCACGGCCAUAAUCCAAGUCCUCAGCUGUUUUUCCCUCUAUGUGUGGUACUUUUGGCUCUUGGCUCCAGGACGAGCGCUCUACCUCCUAUGGAUUAACAUCUUGGGACCAUGGCUGACCACAGAUCCUUCAGCCACCAACCAGGAGCCCAACGAGAAGAAGCAGCGUCGCCAAGAACGCCGACAGAUGAAGCGUUUCUAGCAGAGUUUACGGGUGUGGAUGUUGUGCCAUGUUUAGUCUCCAUGUGGCUGUUUAUCAGGGAUGAUUUUUUAAACCUGGUAAAAAAAAAAUCAGGGGCUUCUCUUCCCCAGAACGCAACUCCAUAAAUAAUCUUUUGCCCAAGACCUCAUUUCACCAGGCAAAUACUAGGCCUUCCAUUACUUUUGACAAGGGGCGUGGACUCUGGGAGACCGAAGGUGUGCAAAUAUCUAUUUGAAGAGGCAAUAUAAUAUGAGAUUGGAAGUUCUGGGGGUUUGAAGAUAUGACAAUUAAAAACAACAACAAAUCAACAGAA